AUGAAUGUUUACGAUGACGUUCUUGAUCCAACAGUGGUUUCUCAUUCGAUAGUAGGUCAUUUCACGACAUCGGAUUAUCAGGAGUUAUUGACUGUGAGAACAAAUAUCUUGACGGUUUACAGUGUGAGAGAAGAUGGCAAACUGAAUUGGACUAAUGAGUUUAAGCUUCAUGGGAAAAUAGCAGAUUUAACUUUGAUUCCUCAAGCAAAUUCAUCUCUGGAUUGUCUGCUUUUAUGCACAUCAAUCGCAAAGAUAUCAGUGGUGAAGUUCGACGUUCUAUCGAAUAGCAUUGAAACCUCCAGUCUGCAUUAUUAUGAGGACAAAUUUAGGGACGUCUCCAUUCUGGAUUUAGCGAAAGAGUCGAAACUGAGAGUUGAUCAAGGCAAGCGAUGUGUUCUGUUGUUUAACAACGAUGCAAUGGCCCUAUUGCCCUUGAGAGGUAUCAACUUAGAGGAUGAUGAUGAGGAACACGAGACUGACGCCGGAAAUGGGCGCGUUAACAAACGAGUCAAAACGGACACCGACAAGGUUUCCUUUCCAAGCAAGAUUUUUUCAGCUCAAGAGCUGGGCAAAGAUAUUCGCAACGUGGUUGAUGUAAACUUCCUACACGGUUUUAGUAAGCCUACAAUCGCUAUAUUGCACGAGACGAAGUUGGCGUGGGCUGGUAACCGGCAGCUUAAUCCGCUGCCGAUGUCAUAUACCGUUUUCACUUUGGAUAUAUCUGCUGAUGAGAAAGUGACCCGGAUGUCUACUACCACCAUUGGUAAAGUCUCCGAACUGGCUUGGGACUUCCACAGUUUGUUGCCCGUCUCUAACGGCUGUGUCAUAGUGGGAACCAAUGAGCUGGCGUUUGUGGAUAAUAGCGGCUCUCUGCAGUCGAUAAUUUUGCUUAACACAUUUACUGACAAGAUCAAUCGACAAGGCAGGAUCAUAGAUGCUUCUAAACAGCAAAUAUUGCUUAACGAGCCCAUUGUUCAUUACUGGUCUCCACCAACGAACCCGAGACAAAAUGACGAAACACUCUUACUUAUGGAUACGGAGUCUAAUUUUUACUACGUUCAGCUCGAAUCCGAAGGCCGACUUUUGGUAAAAUUUGACAUAAUUGCACUUCCUAUUGUCAACGAUACGUUUAAACGGAACACUGGUUGCAGUUGCAUCUCGCGCCUGAAUAGGAAAGCCUCUAAUGAAGACCAGGAUCUAUUUAUCGGUUUCAAAUCCGGUGACGCGCUUGUGGUUAGGUUGAACAGCGUUAAGUCUGCUGUUGAAACAAGAGAUCAUCACAAACAACUGUCGGAGGCUGUUGAGGACCUAUAUUAUCAAGAUGAAGAUGAGGAUUACUUAUACUCUGAUGGAGGGUCAGAAGGUGGAAAAGCGAACAACGAUAAUGACUUGAUCGUUGAAACUGUGAAUCCUUUCGAUAUUGAACUUCUAUCUAGCCUCAGAAACGUUGGGCCUAUUACAUCCCUUGCUAUCGGAAAGGUGUGCUCAGUAGAGAAAUACGUCAGGGGCCUCUCAAAUCCAAACAGGAAUGAGUUUUCGAUCGUCGCGACUUCAGGCAAUGGCAGCGGCUCCCAUAUCACAGAGAUACAAGGAAGCGUUCGACCUUUAGUGGAACUGGCAUUGAAGUUUAUCAGUAUUACUCAAAUGUGGAAUCUUAAGAUUAAAAACAAGGAUAAAUUCCUUGUGACAACGGAUUCCAAUAAGUCGAAGAGUGACAUUUAUAGAAUCGACGAUAACUUUGCAUUGCAUAAAGAAGGAAGAUUUCGGAGAGAUGCGACAACGGUGUACAUGUCAAUUUUUGGUGGUGGAAAGCGGAUUGUGCAGGUGACGACUAACAAUCUUAUCUUAUAUGACACUAAUUUUCGUCGACUGACAACGAUCAAAUUUGAUUAUGAGGUAGUCCACGUCUCCGUCAUGGAUCCGUAUAUAUUAGUCACAGUUUCUCGAGGUGAUAUAAAGAUAUACGAGCUGGAGCCGAAACACAAGAAGAAGCUGCUGAGGGUUGAUCUGCCUGGUGUUUUGAAGGAGAUGGUGAUCACUUCAGGUGUUAUAUCGAAGUCCAACAUUUGCAACGAAUUCUUCAACGAUUUAAACGAUCCAGAAGAGGAGCAGCUACUAUUCACGUUUGCGACUGCGGAUAAUCAGAUAAUCUUUUUCCCCAAGAUGCACAACGAUCGUGUAUUCCAACUAAAUGGCAUAGAUAAGUUGAAAGAAAGCCUCUACAUAUCAACUUAUCAGUUGCCAGACGAAAUAAUACCGGAUCCAUUUAUUAAGCAGGUCAUGCUAAACAAGUUGGGACAUGGCAACAAAGAGGAGUAUCUGACUAUUUUGACGUUUGGCGGUGAGGUGUACCAAUAUAAGAGAUCUUCCUCGAGUAAUCGAUUUUACAGGAACACCACUUCUAGUGAUAUCAUAAUCACUGGUGCACCCGACAACGCAUAUGCGAAGGGUGUGAGUGACAUUGAGAGAAUAAUGUACUUUAUCCCAGAGUUCAAUGGAUAUUCAGUGAUUUUGAUAUCGGGCAGUGUACCAUAUAUCAUUAUCAAAGAGGAUGAUUCGUCGCCUAGAUUAUUCAGAUUCGGCAAUAUACCACUGGUUUCGCUAACGAGAUGGGGCAAAAGCUCUGUCAUGUGUGUUGACGAUAUCAAGAAUGCCAGGGUAUAUACGCUUGAUUGUCGCGAAAUUUAUUAUGGUAACAACUUACCUAUACGACGUAUUGAUGUAAGUGAUGCUCUAGAAGACUUCAUGACACUCACUAAAGUGACCUACCACGAAAAGUCGCAGAUGUUUAUUGUAUCCUAUGCGAGAAAUAUUGACUAUGAAGCGCUCGGAGAGGAUGGUGACAAGCUAGUGGGCUAUGAAGAAGGCGUGCCGCAUGCCAAGAGCUUUCAAAGUGGUAUUUUGCUAAUCAACCCGAAGACGUGGAACAUCAUCGACAGAAAGGACUUCCCUGCCAAUACGCUCAUCAAUGAUGUGCGCUCUAUGAUGAUUCAACUCGACUCUAGGACUAGAAGAAAGAAAGAGCUGAUAAUCGCUGGAAUUGCUGUGAUCGGAACUGAAGAUUUGCCGCCUUCGGGAUCCUUUAUUGUGUUCGACGUAACAGAAGUGGUUCCGGAGCCGGGAAAACCAGAUACCAAUUUCAAACUGAGCGAGGUUUUCCAGGAAGAGGUACGAGGGACUGUUAGCACGAUCUGCGACAUCAGCGGAAGAUUUUUGAUCAAUCAAAGUCAGAAAGUCAUUGUGAGAGACGUUCAGGAGGACAACUCCGUCGUGCCGGUCGCGUUCCUUGACAUUCCUGUACUGGUGACAGACGCAAAAAGUUUUGGAAACUUCCUGAUCAUUGGAGAUGCGAUGCAGGGCUUCCAAUUCAUAGGAUUUGACGCUGAGCCCUACAGAAUGAUUCCACUAGGAAGAAGCAUUCUGAAGAUGGAGACAAUAUCGCUCGAAUUUCUGGUAAAUGGAGGCGAUAUUUUCUUCGCCAUCACCGACACUGACAACAUCUUGCAUGUUUUCAAAUAUGCGCCCGACGAACCCAACUCCUUAUCUGGUCAGCGAUUGAUACACUGUACCAGUUUCAACCUGCAUUCUACGAACACCUGCAUGGCACUGCUUCCCAAGAACGAAGAAUUUGCGCCUGCAGAAUCACAGAUUCGCACGUUCCAGGCGCUCGGUGGCCAAAUGGAUGGUUCACUGUUCAAGAUUCUUCCCUUGAAAGAAGAUGCCUACCGAAGGCUGUACGUCCUUCAGCAACACAUCUCUGAGAAAGAGACACAGCUGGCGGGUCUCAAUCCCAAGAUGGAAAGGCUGGCGAAUGGACACUACAAAACAGCGCAUGUUAUGAGACCAAUGCUAGACUUCAAUGUCAUUGAGAAAUUCAAGGUUCUCUCCAUAGAGAGAAGGAAGCAAAUUUCACAGAAAGUCGGCAAGAGAGCGCAAUUCGAUAUAUGGCGAGACCUGAUCAACAUUGAGUUCUCAAUGAGAUCCCUCUGCGGCUAG